AUGCAAGAACUCGCCUCUUGUCCACCCGCUUUCAUUGAGCGGAAGAAAAAGAUUCUCGACCAACUCGCGAUUCCUGAUACAGAAUACACUGAUGCUUCGCCCAAAGGUUCAGUAGAUGAGGGCAUCCGUGAUCUUAUCGAUGAAAUCAACCAGCAGUCUGGAUUCGUCACUACUAGCAGCUGUGCAGGGCGUGUUAGCGUAUUCCUUGAGGGUCGAAGAGUUGCUGAUGCCGAGAAUGAAGAUGAGCGAGUAGCAGGCGUUGGGGGGAAGGGUGCUGGAGGAGCUUGGUUAUUUGUUUCCCACGACCCUGUACCUGAUAAAAGUAACGGGGUCACAGAUUGGAGCAGUCUGUUUGGACUUGAGGAUUCUGCAACGAGUCAUGAUGGAGCGGCGGCAGCCAAAGAAAGAAGACUUAUUCAUUUCAAGUUUGAGGCAAUGAUUCUUCACGUCCUUACGGCAUCAGCAGAGCACGCUCAAAUACUUCUGCGAUGUGGUCUACAAGCAGGCUUCCGGGAGUCGGGUGCUCUUAACAUUGUCCCCAGCGGUAAAGAUGUCACUACUCCAAUGGUUGCUAUACGGACAAUGGGCCUUGCCUUUGAAUCUCUUGUUGGACAGCAAGUUGACGGCCAUCGCAAACGAAUAGUCUCCCCUGAAUAUCUUCAGACACUUGUGGAAAUUGCGAAUGAGCGCUUCGCCGAGAAUAAAAAGCGCAUUGAACGUUUCCAGAACGCUUUUCGGGACGCUAUAUCCGCACCCGUGCCGCGCCGAAACCCAGAGGGACAGGAAUGGGAGGAUGCCGCAGCAAGACGAGAAAGAAAACGUGCUGAGGGCCUGCGGAAGAAGGCUGAGCUGAAAGCCAAGCAAGAAGCGGACACAAGCAAAGGAAAAGAUGUCAGUGAAAGAGAAGAGGAAGAACAGGGACUGGUCCUCGAGAUAUAA